UGUUGAACAUUUUGGUGGAAAAUGGGAAACACAGAAAGCAAUGUUACCAGCGGAGUCAAAAAACAGGCUGGAGCCUCAAUGCAGCCUAUCUACAAGCUUUGUGAUUUGAAAGGGGGUGGAUUAUUGGUCGAAUUGAUGAAACGAGCAACACAAAACAAACAGUACGCUGAAAUUGAUCAUGCCAUAAAAACUAAGGUCGAACAUUUUUUAUAUAAUAAAGGAGCAGGAAAAUACAUUCCAAUAUCUCAGCUCGUAUUACUCAGGAAUAAGGAAAGACCACGACACAAACUGCUGCCACUUCUGAAAGGAAUGGAAAAUCCCGACGAUUUUGAAAUACACGAUGAUUUUCCUGACGUGACCGAAGAUGAAUAUCAGAAAAAUCCGCAUUCAUACCGACACGUUUGUUGGAAAUUGAAGGAAAGAGGGGCAGUUGGUGAAACAAUUCUUCAUCUUUGUCUUCUAAACGCUACAUCUUUACACGCUGAUAUUGCCAAAAGAUUACUAAGAUUUUAUCCAAAACUAAUUAAUGAUAUAUACAUAUCAGAUGAGUAUUAUGGAGAAAAUGUUCUUCACAUCGCUAUCGUGAAUGAAGACCCAUCCAUGGUUAGGUUUCUGCUUGAUGCACACGUAAACAUCCAUGAACGCUGUUUCGGAAAUUUCAUGUGCCCAGAAGAUCAGAAAUCCUCGAGAUCAGACUCUCUCGAUCACGAAUGGGUGAACGUAUGUUCCCAAACCAACUAUGAAGGUUAUGUGUACUGGGGAGAGUAUCCAUUGACUUUUGCCGCUUGCUUGGGACAAGAGGAGAUUUUUCGAUUGAUACUCUCGAGAGGUGCUGAUCCAGAUGCUCAAGACACUAACGGAAACACCGUGUUACACCUUCUCGUCAUAUAUCAGAGAUCUGAACAAUUUGACAUGGCCUAUGAAGUUGGUUCCAGUUUAGCCAUCAGGAAUGUGUUAAAUUUAACCCCUCUCACUUUAGCUGCAAAGUUAGCCCGGAUAGAUAUGUUUUUUCACAUUUUGAACUUGGAAAGAGAAAUUUACUGGCAGAUAGGCAGUAUAACUUGUGCAGCAUAUCCUCUUUCACAGAUAGACACUAUUGACAUGGAAACAGGACAUAUCUGUAAAAUCUCUGCUUUGAAUUUAGUAGUGUUCGGUGAUAAAGACGAGCAUUUAGAGUUGAUGGAUGGAGUUCUCAUAGAUCUGCUGAAUGCGAAGUGGAAUACUUUCGUAAAGUUCAAAUUUUAUCGACAAUUUUUUACAUUUGCUUUCUACUUUCUUAUAUCUUUGAUAGCUUUCACGUUAAGACCUGGUCCCCAUCCGGAUGUCACCAAAGUUGCUAAAAAUGCAACCAACUCUACUCACCAUUUGAGUAACAGUACGGCCAAUAACACCACGGGCAAAUUGAGUUUCAAUAUAAAUGCCACAUUGAAAACACUGAUCGAUAAAGGUAAUACUGAUGAUGAUGACGAUUACGAUAUGGAAGAAUGGUGGGAUAAUUUGCGAGAGGAAUGUCGAUUGAUGCAACUAGAAACUCUCGAAUCGAAAAUUCGGCUCAGCGCUGAAAUUGCGAUGACUGUAGGAGCUUUCCUUUAUCUCGCUGCAGCAAUUCGAGAAGCGAGAUUUUUGGGUGGCAGGAUGUUUUUUGAAAAUCUGAAAACAUCUCCGUCUCGAGUGAUGUUCCUAUUUUCAUGUAUAUUAAUGUUGGUCAUCCCGUGGCUCAGGUUAGCUUGUCAAGAGGAAAUCGAAGACACAGUCGCCGUUAUGGUCAUGUUGACUACAGCUCCAUAUUUUUUAUUUUUUUGCAGGGGCUUCAAAACAGUGGGCCCUUUUGUGGUAAUGAUAUAUCGCAUGGUGAUGGGCGACCUCAUCAGAUUCGCCUCGAUUUAUUUGGUAUUCGUGAUAGGAUUUUCUCAAGCUUUUUAUAUUAUUUUCCUUUCUUUCGAUAAUCCUUUGACUCCUGAAGACGUCGAUGAUUCUGCUACAAAUCCAAUGUCGACACCGAUCGAGUCGAUCAUGGCAAUGUUCCUGAUGUCAAUGACUAAUUUUGGAGAUUAUUAUGAUGCUUUUUCGAGGACAGAACAUGAAUACGAAGCCAAGAUCCUUUUCGUGAUAUUUAUGGGGAUUGUAGCCAUUCUCCUGAUCAACAUGUUGAUCGCCAUGAUGGGCAACACGUAUCAGAAAAUCGCUGAGACCCGUAAUGAAUGGCAACGACAGUGGGCAAGAAUCGUUCUAGUUGUUGAAAGAGGAGUUAGUCCUCCUGAACGACACAAGCAAUUGAUGGUAUAUUCUCAGCCUAUGUCGGAUGGAAAGAGAGCACUAGUUCUUCGUUUGAAUCAGUCGGAUGAAGAUAAGGAAGAGAUGAAGGAAAUAUUGGAAAUUAAAAGGAGGCACGAGCGGUACGUGAAGAAGAGGCGGGAACAGAAUCUAGCAAAACAUCCAAACAAGUGAUUUUUUUCAUUUCCUGUUCAUAAUGAAGAUGAUAAUAAAUGAUAACAAGAUCUCAA